CCCGUGGCCAGCAAAGCCCAGUCAGGGCAGCCUGUGGCUGGGCUGUACGGGGGCAGCAUGGCCCCUGUCUCCUCUCACAGUGCCCCAGUCCAGUACAGCACAGAUACCUCCACAGACUACAGUCAGUACAGCCAGGGUUACACACAGGAGUCCAUGCAACAGUGGUACAGCACUACUACCAGGCUCAGGGCUACAGCACUGCCACACAGGAGAGCCAGGCCAGCGAGUACAACAAGGAACCCACCCAGACUCCUCCGGUCUCUACCUAUGGGGACUACAGCUCUUACAUGCAGGCUGUCAGUCAGUACUAUUCUCAACCUCCACCCAGCCAGACAGCUGGGCCUGUGUAUCAGCACCGAGACCCCAGCAAGGACUCUGAGCUGUGUAAGGCCCUGGGCGUGUCCCUGCAUGCGGUCAGUAGCGGGGGCUCUGCUCCCAUGCUGCCCCCCUACUCCGGCCUUCCCAUCAUGCCCGGCUUCGUGGGCGGUCCUCUGGUGGCGCCCAGCGCCGUCACACACACCACCGACUGGAGCCAGUACUACUACAACCAGGCCCGGGGCCAGAAGAGGGAGUACUCCCAGCUGCCGGUCCAGGAGCUGACCCCAGAGGGGGCCUAUGUGGGCCAGCACUCCCAGGGUCUGGGCGGCCAGUACGCCGACUACUUCAAGAAGAAGAGAAUCUGAACAUGUGACACGAGGAGGAGGCGGGGCACGCACCUCUGUACCCCCUCCUCCCAUACACACACACACACACACACACGCACACAACGACAGUGUUGCUUUUGUCCUGUUUAAGCCUUAACUCUGAACUUUGAAUCUCUUUUUCUUGGUGGAUGUGUAGAUGUUUCUAGACUAUACUCUGUACGUUGUUCUCAUGUGUGCCGUGUGUGAGCAGGUUUGUAGAUUCCAGCCAGCCGGUCUGCCUUGCUCUCUCUGUAGGACUGCUGUCUAGUCAGGUUAGCUACUCAGUCUGUUUGUCUCUCACUCUCUCUCUCUGUCUGCCUGUCUCUCUCUCUGUCUGUCUCUCUCACUCUCUCUCUCUACCCUCUCUCUGUCUGUCUCUCUCCCCCUCUCUCUCUGUGUGUCUCUCUCUCUCCCUCUGAUGUUUCUAGGCUUUGAAGCGUCACUCUGACGUGUUUUCAUUCCUCCUGUGUGUCUCUGUGGCAGAGGCUUCUCUUUCUCUCUCUCUGAGGAGACCUUGACGUGUGUGUGUGUAGGAGUGAUUAGCCAUUCCCGGGGUAAAGGUCAGUCUGUAAGAGACCCUGGACUCAGAGGACACCGGAACGGGGCCUCGUCCAAUCAGAGCUCCAAACCUUGACCUGUGGACACUUACAAUAGCUCCCAUUGGGCUAGGACUAUCGGCGAAUAAACGAGACACCUCAUUGGGUACCUUUAUAGCCAUUCCAGCAGUGAUUGGAUAGAUUCUUCAUGCUUUAUAUCCAUGAUGGGCCCCCUGGCUGGGCUCGCUGGUCCAACGCAAUAAACGACAGUGCCGGCCUCGCUCUGCAGCCUCCACCUCACCCUCCCUGUCCCUGCCCCAGCCCCCACCUCCCCCGUGAUAUUACCCAGGCUCCUCUCUGCCACUGGAGUGUGAUGUGCCGGGCCUCUCUAAUGUUUUCAUGCUUUCCUUAAAGCCGCCAUCAGAAACCUACCUAAGCGGAGCUGGUGAGGAGAGGGAGGUGAGGGGGGGAGGGAGGGAGGUGAGGGGGGUAGCUUGGUUCCACUCCAGUCACCCGGAACGUUCUAGACGGGUGGAACUCGGGUUCAGCGCUUAAGAGGCCGCUGCGCUCGUCCACCUGAAGGUCAGGUCAGGGUUCGUUGAGGGAUCAAGGGUUAUAUUAGGGCUUUGGUAUCUUACAAUGCUGCAGGUCAGGCUGACCGGCAGGCAAUAACUAGGUCUAACCCCUCUAACCUCACUGAGGGCGACUCUGCUCGAGGGCCUUGCUGCUCUGCUGUUACAGAGCUUCACUUAAACACGUGAUUUUAUUAUUUCUUUCCUCGCUUGUCUUCUUCCCUUGUUUAUUUAUUUUUUCCUCUUGUCUGUUUUAACGGUGUUGUUACAGGGCGCAGCGCCUUGGAAGUUGAAUGUGGAUGUGGGACCGUAACAGAUCGGAACACUUUCACUCGUCUGGUGGGCUUGCAUCCAGACCUGGGUUUUUUUUCCCUCGCAUGUGUGUGUGUGUGUGUGUAUACACUGCCCAGCUGGACUGCUGUACCAGUAGAUAGCUCCUCAUCUUUAAAAGGAAAUGCUUAGACAGAAGUGUGUGUGUGUGUAGCUUGUCUCCGUGGAGGGCGAUGGGUCUCUGUGUUGGUGGCUGUGAAAGGCAGGCGAUGUUUUCUGUCGUGUAUUCAGGCACUUUAAGCCAUUCUGUGUCGUGUUUUUUAUUUGAUUUUUUAUGGCGUUCUGGUGAUUGUAUUAGCCUUUAUCUGCUGUCUCACCCACCCUGAAGCCAUUACCGAGUGUGCCGCAGCGCUGUGUGUGUUGGACUGCUUGUGUGUGUUUGAGAGUUUUAAACCCCCCCACCCCCUCUCUCCACCCCCUCCCCUGCUUAUAACCGGAAACAGGGUUUCUGAGUAGUGUUAGAAUGGUAUAAAAUUAAAAUAUAAAGUAACUUUUGGCAGGUAUGACUGAGCGGGGGGGGGGGGGGGGGGAGGGAGAUGGAACACCAAUCCCAGCUUCUCUCCCCCCC